ACCCGAUAGCCACCCUGAGAGGAUUUAAGCAGACUUGGAGAGACUGCCUGCCAGCUGCUCGGAAGAGGUGGAUUUGGGCGAAGCUCGUUUUUUCCCCCUGUUAUUGUGGAUAAUUCCGUGCUUAGUGUUUUUUUUUUUUUUGCUUCUUUGGGCAGUGAAUGGUUGGCACGGCAAGCCCAGUGAUUUCUCUGAAACAUAUGGGAGUCUCAAGAGGACGGGGGUCUGGGAUCACCAAAGACUGAAACGUAAUCUACCAUUUUCAGUGACUCAGCGCGCCUGUUGCACGACCAGAUCUUUCAGUUUCAGGGUUACAAGAUGACAAUGCAUCUAUCAAGUCCAUCCUCGGCGAGGCUGGACUUUUAAACUAUGCGUGACCACUGAGCCGGACCUUGAAGAUUGAAUGAGCAUGUUUGGCACGGUACCUAUUCGUCUGAAUCCCCACCUUGUAGCAACAGGUUAGGCACCUGGCCUCCCUCAGAUGCUCUUAUAGCGCGCGGCUUUGACUUUACUCUUCUUCUUUCUGAUAUUUCUACAUGUCUCUCACCAUGGUGGAGCACAGCGGCCUGGAUAUCAUGUGUCUGAAUAAGUACUGUCACAGUUCGUCCUCGUCGUCCAGCUCCGAGCAGGACAAGAAGAUGUUCACCAAACUAAAACUCCGUCUGUCAGGGGAGUACCCGAGGAAGAAUGCAGAGUUCCUCAGCGGGCAGUACGGGACCAAUCUGCUGCUGAUCGGGAUGGCGCUGAUGCUGGCUAUCGCGCACCACGGCCCCUCUGUCAAGGAAGAGCACCUGCUGUCCUUUGUCAGCUGCCUCAUGAUCCUCCAGCUGAUCUGGAUGAUGUGGUACAUCCUGGUGCGGGACAGACAGAAGAGCACGCUCACCGAGAAAGAUGUCCACGCCACCACAUGCUGGAUAAGAGGUGGUUUGACUCUCCUUGCACUCCUUUCACUGAUCAUGGACGCUUUCCGAAUUGGGUAUUAUGUUGGCUAUCAGUCUUGUGUGUCGGCUGUGCUCGGGGUAUAUCCUGUCAUCCAUGCAACUCACACCAUAGCACAGGUACAUUUUCUCUGGUUUCACAUUAAGGAUGUCAUCAAGAGCUUUGAAACAUUUGAGAGAUUUGGUGUAAUGCAUGCAGUCUUUACCAACCUCCUCCUGUGGUGCAACGGCGUGAUGUCAGAGGCCGAGCACUUCUUGAACAACCAUAAGAGAAGACUCACUGCCCUGGGCUACGGAAACCUCACCAUAGUGCACUCAGAGCCUCACUGUAACUGCACCACCAGCACUUGCUCCAUGUUCUCCAGCAGCCUCUUCUAUCUCUACCCCUUUAAUGUCGAGUACCACAUCUUUGUCUCUGCCAUGCUCUUCGUCAUGUGGAAGAACAUCGGACGGACCAUUGACCUUUCCUCAAACCGGAAGAGGCUAGCUACCAAAACCGAGGGCCUGACUGUGGGCCCCAUUUUGGGUCUACUUGCACUGGCCAGCACUAUUGGGAUCCUGGUGGUCUAUGUUACCCAUGUUGAGGAAUCCCUCCGAAUGCGUCAGUCAGCCAUUUCCAUGUUCUACAUUUAUGGCAUUGUCAUGCUAGUGUUCAUGUGCUCUGCUGGUGGUUCAGGUCUGCUCAUAUACCGAGCGGACCACGUGCCGCUGGACACCUCCAAGAACCCGUCGAGACAGCUGGACACAGAACUGCUGUUUGGGUCCUCUAUUGGCUCCUGGCUCAUGUCCUGGUGCAGCGUAGUGGCUGCAUUAGGUGCCACAAGCAAUCCUCCUUACCGCUGGACCAACCUCAUCUUCUCUCUGCUUCUUGUGCUGGAGAAGUACAUCCAAAACCUCUUCAUUGUAGAGUCCCUGUAUCGCCAGCAAGAGGACGGAGAGAGGGAGGACCCCGAGUUACCAGCUGCCCCAGAAAUCUUCUCAGUGACAUCCUCUUUGGCCCCACCGUUCAAUGGCAUCAUCAACCGAGCCUACGAGACUCCAGACAGAAACUGUGCCACCAUGGAGAACGAGCAGGAGGAGAGCGGGCGGGUGUACAGAUGUCCGAGGAAACCUUCUGAGGUGCCGCUGCCUGUGGGAAACAAUGUAAAGGAGCCCCCGAAUAGAAAAAGGCAAAUCCUGAAGAACAUCACUGUCUUCCAGAUAAUGUGCAACAUUUCGCUGUGGAUCCUUCCUGCCUUUGGCUGCCGGCCACAGUACGACAACGGGUUGGAACAGGAGACAUUUGGCUUUAGCAUAUGGACCACAGUUCUCAAUUUUGCCAUUCCUUUGAACCUUUUCUACCGCAUGCACUCAGUCGCCUCCCUCUUCGAGGUGUUCCGCCGGGUCUGACAGAGGAGCAGAUGACUGACGACGCCAGAUGACAUGCACAAGAAUACUUGUCACCACCGGCUCCCGAGAGUGUCUCACAGUGCAGGUCAGCUGUUCAGGAGGCAGUCUGGGUCACACUCCAGCAGACUUGAAACAAGCUGUGGAGACAAACAAACUGUAGAUCCCUCACUGUGGGGAUUACAGAGGAAGAUGAACCAACGUUCCUUUAAGAAUUACCUUGUAUAAUACAAGGCUGAAUAAAAAUGUUUAUGAAAAGGACCUUUGGUUUCACGCAUUUAAAAAGGACCCUUUGUACUUUUUGUUCUGUAGUCAGAUUUCAGUAGGUUUACUUUACUGGUUCAUCAUUUAAAAUGUAUAUGCUGGAUCUGACACUCAUAUUUUAUUAGUAGCUGAAAGUAAAAGAUAGAUUUCUCACAAAAUACUACAGUAAGCCACUGAAACAGCUGUUUGUCUCAAACAUCUAAUAAGGUAUUAGUACUGUAUUCAACAGAGCCACAAGUGCAUUGCUGUACCACUUGACUCAUAUUUUAUCUGCAUGUGAAAUGUUCAUACUGGAUAUGGAUAUGGUUCUCAUACACGUCUGUUAGUAGUUCAAGUUAAAUGAACAGUAUGCAACACUUGAAUUAAAUGAUAGUGACAAUCUUAGCACUAUAUUUUUGAAUAAUCAUUAUGAGUUGGACUAUAGUUCUCUGCCUCUCUCAGUCAUUUUUUAAGGUUCAUCAAUGUCUGUUUGUAUAAUGAUUCUCUGUUCUCUCAAGUUGAAUGGUAUGUUUAAAAUUAUGUUACUAGGUAGCAUUGUUUUGAUUAUACUGGAGUCCUGUGAUCUGUAUCCACACUAUAUUGAGAAGUGCUAGGUGAGAUUUGAAAAUUUGUUUUUCUUCUUUACCUUGAUAAGAAUGAAUUCAUGUAAUGAAAAGGUUUAACACAGUUCACAUUAGGUGUAUCUAAAAUUUAAGAGUGGUGAAUCUUCUAUCACAGUAUCUCCAGGAUUAUUACCCCCAUAGAUGGAUUACUGAACAGGCCUACUAGGCACAGGCCCCAGGGCAUGACGUGUCAGGGCCCCGCUACUCUUCACCUACAAAAUGUCACUCAAAUAACAUAUACCAGCCAGGAAGAGACUCAAAAUGACCACAAAGAGAUGCACAGUAAAUACAAAAGGGGGAACCCAACCACAAAGGGACACAUAAUGACCAAAAAAAAGAAACAAAAUCAUUACAAAAAGAUGACAAAAGUAACACAGAAUGACCUCAAAGAGACACAAAAUGACUAUCAACAAAAUUAUUACAAAGAGACAAAACAACUAAAAAGAGGUAAAGCCACCACAAAGUUUGUGUCCUGCCCCCAUGUAGGAGAGGUGGUGGGGCCCACUGUCCUAUAAUCCACCCAUAGAUACACCAAUAUAAAAGAGAUGUUGCCGUGAUGACAGCUGCGACACCAGACUAGAGAUUGCAUGUUUAUACCUGAAAAAAUCAGCAAUAAAAAAACAGCCCAGUCUGUGACAUUACUUGUUUCUUUAUCAUGUAAACAGACUGUAUACUUGUACUGUACAAUAUAAUAUGAAAUCAAUGUGUCAUUUCAGUCAGACGUCCAGCAAGUUCUCAACCUGGUGCUAUCCGCUGCAUGUCUUCUCACUAUGUGCCAACUUGUGGUAAAAGCCUUGUUUGUUUUUAGGUGCAAACUGCAAUAUUAUAUAAUCUUUGUUAAAAAAAAAACAAAAAAAAAACAAAAAAAAAACUGUCGUACUGAUCAAAAUCAUCAUUCAGACACUGUGAUACGAUUUUGAAAUUCUAAUGAC